CAGUGGCGGACGCACAUACACCAACAGGCUGGUGGCGAAUCGGAAAAACAGCGCGUCGCAAUCAGUAUCAGUGCAACAGCGCCUGAGAACGCAAGCAAGUGAAUCGACUAACGCUCCGUCUGUAACACCUGAUGUGCGCGACGCACAGACUGAGUCGCGAAUCGUAUUGAUUUGAAUCGAAUCGAACUACUUGGUACGAAAUUUAACGAGUGUGUUGCCCUCAAACACGGCGCCAGAGUAGUGUUGUGAGUAGUGAACCGCGCGCCGCGUGUCAAACGUCAAUUGCAUUGCGGAAGCGUAGCGACCGUCGCGCACGUGAUAGUGACAGAGGCAGAGGCAGUGACAGUGAAUGUGACAGUGUGACUGACAGCGCGAUUGAACGUAGCUGCGUUGUGCAAAGUGGCAUAGAUUCGAAGGAAGAAGCGCUCAUUGAACCUUCCUAUUGCCACAAAUUCCUUACCUGCCCUUUUUCGCUCAACCGCCAAUUUGCAUUUGUUGUUAACCAAGGCACGUACAAGCCAAACGAUAAAAUCUCUAGAACGAAUAUAGCUAGACGAAAGCGGAGUGCGAAGCAUGGAAACCCAUGUAAAUACAUACAUAUGUAAAUAUAUUGGCGGUCGAGUGUUGGUGAUGGCUAAAAGCUUGUGCAGGUGAUAAGCGAAACUAAAAAAAAAUCCAAAAAUAAAGAAGCAGAAGAAUCUGAAGAAUAGGCUCGUGCUUAAAAAGUGAAAAGUGCCAUUAAAUACGCAAAUACGUGAAAUUCAAUGAACGCGUAAAAAAAUUUGUGUUUUGUUUUGGCUGUCAAUAGAAGCGCCACCAACUCCAACAACAAUGCGUCCAUUGCGUCUUCCCCUGAACGCUAAUGGUUUGGUAUUUGCACAGUGAGGCCGGGGCUGUGAUCAUAACAUCACGAACAUCCGCAGGCAUAGAUAAUCGAAGAUGCUGUAAAAAGUGAAGUGUUUUGUGGUCUGCCAUUCGAACAAUUUCUCAAGAAGCGACGCCGCAUACAAACGUAUUGUUGACCUUUCGGUGGAAGGGAAGUGAGUAAGCAAUAAUAUUAACCGCAAAGGCCAUUCAAGUAACAGAGAAAGGCAAAACUACAAUAGCCAUAAAGCGACAAUUCAAUCAAAUAAGUGCGGAGAAACGAAAUAGUGCCAAAGCAGCAAUGAAGAAAAAUGUGAAAAAUGAUAAGUGGCUAAGCGGGUGAGGGAAUAGAAGAAAAUCGGUUACACAAAUGGCUGUAGGUUUAUAAAUGGCCAGUCAUUUUUCCAUUUAUUGUGCUGUGACAGCUAUGCUGGCAGCUGGUGCUGGGCAGCCGCCAGAAAAAUAAACAAAUAAACACUAUUACACAAAUACGCAACGAAGCGAUAUUAAGCGGUAAUUGAAUGAAACCGAAAGUGAAACCAUAAAGGUAAUGAUUUAAUUGAAAUUUGACAUUUCUAGUGCGGCCAUAAGAACGAGUCAAAGCCAUUUGUUAAAAACGCGCGUUUCAGCCGACAAAAAUACAGCCAUAUGUACAAUUUAUAGGGCACGACACGGCGUAUGAGUGAUUUAGUGUAUUUGUGCCCGACUCGGGGUGCUUACAAAACAAAGCCACAGCUUACUGUUACCAAAUAAUGCAAAUGCGCUUUUAUUAAAUUCAAUUUCCACAUUCGAUCCGAAAAUUGUUGCGGCUUAAAGGCUUUGGCAACAUCAACAAUAACUGCAAUAACUAAAAUUGCCACGUAACAACGGUUAAUCAGUGGUGUGGCAGCGCACUGCUGGCAGUUAAUUUACGCAUAGCUGACGCGGCCCACCAUACUCACUGCCUACAAAAAAGCCCAACUAACCCAAAGCAAAACAAGUGCAACAAACGAAAGUACAACAACGAUUUGUGGGCGCGCCAACUGCGAAAUCUGCCGUGAGAACUGCGCAUAUUUGUGCGUUUGUGGCGCCACAAAGCACCCACCAGCAACGAUGUGCCGCUGAGUGCUGCCAAACAGUCGAACUUUUCCGCAUACGCACGCCCGACCGAGUUCGAGUGAAAAAGGCACAGCCGGCAGGCAUUCAUGUGGUCGACUGCACAGCGCUGCCGCGCGGCAUUAGCGCCCAUUAUUACUGAAAUAAAAGGCUAUCAGCGCUUCGGUGUUAAGUAAUUAAGCACCGUAAUUCCCUCGUUGUGAAUUGCCAACGCGCACGUCAUGUGGCAACAACGCGAAAUUGUUUGCGCGAGCAAAUAUUAAAAAAUUAAAUUUCAAACAAAUAUCGCAAAUAUUUGCAGCAGCAAAAACGCUUGCAAACCGCGCCGCAUUCCGCGCUCACCACAACUUUAAAGUAAAAAAUAGAAUUUUACACGAAGUACCGUAAAAAACGGUGAGUCUUUUAUUUGCAUGUAUGAAAGUGUUUGCUGCACGUAUCUAUGCACACCCACACAUACCAACAAAAAUCGCAUAAUACAGCAAAAUAAUAAAGCGUCAUUUUUAACACAAGCUCUUAAUUAAAAUUCUGCAACAGCGCGGAAACUGGAGUAAAACAAACAACUGCGAACACGAUUCAAAAGCAAAAGCGAACGAAAAAAGGGAGAAAAAGGCGAAAAGCCGCGACGUUGAAACCGGAAAGCGCCGAGUGUGCAACAAAUUGGGCAACUAUGAUCAAUAACCGCGCCGAUAGAAAAAUUGCUCGAUUGUGCUAGAAACCGUGGCGCUGUAUGCAUAUUUGAAUAAGUGAAGUAAAAAUAGACCACACGGAUAUACAGCAAGCUGAGAUAUGCAAAAUCUGCCUGAUUGACGCGUCACAUUGCAAGCAAUCGGCGCCGACACCGAAACCGGAGCGGAAGUCUAUUUAAAAGUGAAUCGAUUGCGGAGAGCUUGAGCUUCUAAAAACAAAACACGAAAGAUAAAAGUCAAAUUGAUUAAAUAUAAAUAAACAAAAAUUCGUAAAAUUCGUAAUUCUUAAUGAAAGGUAAGAACCGACUCAGAGGAAAUAAUACAGAAAUAAUAUAAUGGGUUUUGAAUCAAAAAGCGUUUAAAAAAUUUGAAUAAAUAAUUUCAGAGUAAAAAUAGGGGUUUAUUAAAAAUGUUGAGAUUCCUUAUAAUAUCCCAAACAGAAAAUUAUUAAAGUGAAGCAAGCAGUUUUCGAGUAAUUGUUUAUUUAAAAAAUAUUUGAAAAUAAUAAAAAAUUCAGAUUAUUGCGCAAUUUAAACUCACAAAAGUGAAAAUAACAUCAAGUUUAGUCCAAAGCAACGCUUCUUAGAGUUCGCUGGCCGUUUAAGUGGCCGCAAAUAAAAAGCAGUGUCUGCGUCGUUUAAGCGCACCAAAUUUUGCAGACAAAAGCAGGACGUACGAAAGCGUGGAUUAGCAAUAAAAACGAAUGUUGUUGUUGUCUGUUGUAGGCGAGCACACUUUCGUCGAAGCGUCGAAUUAGCGAGCGUUUCCGGGGUCGCGUGUGAAAAUUGGCAGUGAAUUGCGGCGCGUCGGCAAACAGUGCCACAUAUCGACCGUUACAAACUCGCUACCAUCCGACCAAGCUCUACGCGGGUAAGUGGGUCGGCUAGUGUAAAAACAAAUCCGUAUACUGUACCGGGCGGCGAACGCCUGUAAAUACGCAUACGCCCAGGCGCUAGUCGAAUGCAAAGCCGGAUGCCGGAAACUGAGUGGCGGUAACUAAAUAAAGCUGGUAAACGCGAAAAUAACAGAAUUGCACAAAAAGUGUGAAAAAUAGUAAAUAAGUGAAAUAUAACGGCCCAAUAAAUGCAAUAAAAGUGAAGUGCAGACAACGGUAAUUUACGACGAAAAGGCUCGUUGGCCGAGCGGAAAUCGCGAAACUGUGCAACCGCCAACAGAAAAACCAAAACGAACGCCUAAAAAGCGGGUUCAAAAACAUAAAUUUGGGCACUUGGCGCGGUCACUUUGCAUAUGUAAAUGCAUGCACACACAAACAAUUUUACAUAGGCGCUUGCGUGUUUGUCUGUCGGUGAUUUUGUGCGCGAUUCUCGUCAUUGUUCGGGUUGUUUUUUUGAUUCACUCACGGUGAGUGGCACUUGCCGCACUCAAAUUUUGACGCGUGAAUGAGAUUAUGCAAUUGGGCGCUUGUGGCCAGAGAGCCGCUUCUAUAAACGCGUAAACGUGUGUGAGUGCAUUUUGGUUGGAUAUUUUUUGCAGUUUUUGAAGUGAAGUGUUUUUGUGCUUCUAAACGCAUAGAAUAUUUAACAUCAGUGGAAAAUUAUUUUUACAAAUAAAAAUCGUUCGUGGAAACCUAGGCGCUAGCUCGGUUACCUCAACAAACAAUAACGGUUAACGGUUGUUUCAUUGCUGCUGCGAGCUGAGCAUUUAGCUCACGAGCUGCACAUCAAGAUGAUCGCCUUCCUGACGCUGUUCUUCUACAUGACAAGUCUGACAAUGUGCUAUCAACGAUUGUCAGUUAACAACAACAAUCACAAUAAUUUAGACGCAAAACCAACACACAUGCCACCGUUGCACUACCCGCAUGGCCACAGAUGGAACGAACCAUUUUUUGAUCUGACGAUGCCGAAGAACAUAACAUCGCUCGUGGGCAAAUCAGCAUAUUUGGGAUGUCGUGUCAAACAUUUGGGGAACAAGACAGUUGCCUGGAUACGCCACCGCGACCUGCACAUCCUCACCGUGGGCACCUACACAUACACAACAGAUCAGCGGUUUCAAACUUCCUACCAUCGUGAUAUCGACGAAUGGACUCUGCAAAUAAAAUGGGCACAGCAGCGCGAUGCCGGCGUCUACGAGUGCCAAAUAUCGACCCAACCGGUGCGCAGCUUUUCAGUUAACUUAAACAUUGUGGACACCAUUGACGACGAGACGAGCAGCCUGCUGCAGCAGUACUACAGCGACGAUGCGUUUUACAUAAGUUCCGAUCGUAUUUACCAGUCCAGCGACGACGAGUUUGCGGGCAUGUUCGGGCACAUACAAACAGUGGCCGUGCCAACGGCAAGCAUACUGGGUGGUCCCGACCUGUACGUGGAUAAAGGCAGCACAAUCAACCUGACUUGUGUAAUAAAGUUCAGCCCCGAGCCACCGACGCACAUCUUUUGGUAUCAUCAAGACAAGGUGCUAUCGGAAGAGACGUCUGGAGGUCGCAUAAAAUUCAAAACGAUCAAAUCUGAGGAAACGAAAUCGAUUCUACUAAUCAGUGAUGCCGAUCUACUAGAUUCAGGCAAAUAUUCUUGCUACCCAUCGAACACCGAGAUAACGAGCUUGCGGGUCCACGUGUUACAGGGUGAGCGACCAGAGGCGAUGCAAACCAACUCGGCGCCCACAGCUCGACACAGCGCCGCCGCCCAGCCGAACAAGCUAAUCAGCGCUUUAGUCGGCGCCUUCGUUCUAUUGCAAAUAUACACAUUUCUCUGCAAGAAUGCCGGCCAUAUAACCCAGCACAACAACAACGAUCAAAGCAAACAACGUCCGCGUGCAGCAGCGCUGAACCCACGCCGUGGCCCCAACCCCAGCCGCACAUCCACUCGUGCGCAUAGCAGCGCUCAGCAUCUGCCACUCCGGCAACAACAAAGGCCCCAGCCACGACAUCGACAACAGCACCAACAACAAAAAUAUCAGCGCUCACAAAUUGGCAGCAGCAUUCUCGCACUGUUUGCGUUGGCGUUGUUGCGUUGCAACAAUGUGACAAUCGUAGACAGCAUAGCCGCACCUUCCACCGAACAACUGACGCAGCGCGGCCCCGCCUGCGUUGGCCACCGACAACCAGACCAAUUGCAACGGCAAAGCACGGCGCAGGCAGUGAACUUUGACGCCCUUGCGAAAACGUCAUCUACUGCGCGGUGAUGAACUAAUCGACAGGGGGGCCAAAGCAGCGCACGCCACAAACGCUAGAGCGGGUGAGUUGGACGCAGUCGGCUGGCGGAAGGCACUAGCGGCCUGCGUGAGCCUCAGCCAUUCAUAUGUAUCCGUGUUGGCGUGACGGCAAUGGUGACUGGGCGAAUGCGGCCACAAGUACUUUAAACAGUUCAAGUAGUGAAAUUUAUAAAACUUUGGUCGGCUAAUUACGAAGUAUGUACGUAUGCGCAUGUGCGUAUAUUUUAUCUAUGUAGUAGAAUCAGCCAAGCUCAAAGUAAACAAAAACAAAAACUAAACAUAAAACAUAAGCAUUUGAAUAAGCAGCCGAACGUCGGGCGGUGAUUAGGAUGUAAUGCCAGUAAUGAAAUAGUUUAAUUAAAAGUUAUCAAACUAAAAAUGUUCUGAAAGGUAUAAAAUACCUUUAAAUAAGCAUCUAACUAAAUCUGUAUAAAACAAGAAUGAGAACUAUUUAUAAUUUGUUGCGAAGUAAGCAGUAACUAGCGAUAAAUGUGUAUAUAUAUCCGUUUGUUGCUUGUAAGUAUGUAUAUAUUUGUACGAUUUCAUGGUUGUAAGAAGGCCGAGCUCUUCCGAAGAUGCAAUGAUUCACAUUUAAGAAACCAUAAAUCAAAAUUAAAAUAAAUUUAGUUUUUUUUCAUAACGGAGCUCACUUAAUGUGGCUCUAUUUUUGGUUUUUGAACUCGUAACAACCUCUUUAAGGAUUCACCAUGCCUCGCCACCCUACUAAUUUUUAGUCUAUUCUUUUUUACCUGAACAGAGCACAUUAAGUUUGCCACCAAAUUUGUAACAACCAGAAGGAAUCAUCGUAGACCUUAUAAAAUGUAUCUGUAGUAAAUGAAUGAGUUGAGUCGAUUUAGCUAUGUCUGUCCGUCAGUCUGUAAAUAUACGAACUAGUCCCUCAGUUUUUGAAGCAAGA